UUCAGCUGACCCUUCUCCUCGACCAUGAUCGGCAUUCGCGACGCGUUCCGGUGAGUAUAAGACGAUGCCAUGCUCUUCUCUGCCCGAGUCCGAGUUCGGGACUCACGGACGCGACCAUGUUGCUCCCUUGGCUCCUUCUCUUGCCAGCGGUCCUUGCACUCCACCUCCCAUCCGCGCGCGUCCUCUCCCCGCGCACUGACGAUGGCUAUACCUCUCAGAUCUCAUGGGACGGGUACUCCUUCUCCGUCCAGGCUGGCUCGCAAGAUGCGCCGCAGCGCGUGUUCAUCCAGUCCGGGGAGGUGCACACCUGGCGCCUGCCUGUGCCCGGACUCUGGAAAGACAUCGUUCAGAAGGCGAAGGCGGCGGGGCUGAACUGCAUCUCGAUUUACUUUCACUGGGCACUCACGAAUCCGAAGAAGGGCGUCAUCGACUUCACGGGCAUCAAUGACAUACAGCCGCUAUUCGACUACGCGAAGGAGGCAGGACUUUGGGUCAUUGCGCGUCCAGGGCCGUACAUCAAUGCAGAGACCUCUGGCGGUGGUAUACCGGGUUGGGUCACCACCCUCCCCGGAGAUCCCGAAUGGAACGCGUACAACGGCGAACUACGAAGCAAUGAUACCUACUUUCACGAUGCCUGGCAGGAUUAUAUUCGCGCGUCCGCGCAGCUCAUUGCGAAGGAUCAAAUCACCGAGGGAGGUCCCAUCAUCCUAGCGCAAGUCGAGAACGAGUUUUACAAUGGCCCUGGCCAGAAUGAAUACGUGCUCGAGCUUCAAGAUGUCUACCGCGAAGAGGGUAUCCUCAUUCCCACCAUGGUUAACGACCCCGGCAUGUACAAGAACAUCGUCAAUGAAACUAACAUCUACGGCAUCGACGCCUACCCCAAUGGCUGGACGUGCGUAGGAGACCCUUCGUGGCCGGCAGCUGCGGCUGGCUGGGCUAAGGGCCCCGCGGCAUGGCGAACGUACCAUGAAGAUGUGAUGCCGGAUACGCCGUUCAUGUUCCCGGAAUUCCAGGGCGGGCAAUACGAUAAGUGGGGAUCGGGCAUCGGCUACGCGAAGUGCAGAGAAGUUAUCGGGCCUGAAUACGAGCGCGUUCUGUACCACCAGCUCUGGGCAAGCGGCGUCACAGCAGAGAACUUCUACAUGUUCUACGGUGGAACAAAUUGGGGACAGCUUGCAUACCCUGCUACUUACACCAGCUACGACGUCGGCGCCGCCGUCACCGAGAGCCGACAGCUAACCGACAAGUACUCCGAACUCAAGCUACAGUCUCUCUUCCUGCGCUCCAUGCCCGACCUCUACAAGACUUACUUCGUCACGAACGACACCGCUUUGACGACAAACCCGGCGGGCGUUUUCGCCACCUGGCUAAAGAACCCUGACACGGGCGCCAGCUUCUUCAUUACGCGACAGGCAAAUGUGACGUGGACCGAUCUCCAGAGCUACAAGCUCUACGCAGAGGACCUCACGCUACCUCAGCUUGACGGAAAGCUGACGCUCAAUGGGCAGGACUCACGUAUCAUAGUCAAGGAUCUCAUUAUCGGUGGUGCAGCUCUCUCGUACUCGACAGCGCAUAUCUUGACCAGCACGGUCAUCGACGAGACUGACAUCCUAGUGGUGUAUGCGGAUGUAGGAGAGACCGUCGAACUGGCUUUCGCGACGACGGAAACAGUAUCUUUGGACACCGAGCUUGAUGCAACGACGAAGAUUACCUCGAGCGCAGCCAUUGUCAACUUCCAGACGCCGAGCGGCAUCACUCCCGUCCGCCUCAUAGGCGAUCGCACGUCCAUCUUGGUCGUCGUCGCAGACUACGAGCAUGCGAAGAGCUUCUGGCAGCCAACUGUUGCUGGCGAAGGCGACUACGCGUCGUACGUCCACUUUGGAGCAAGUACGCCGGCUCUUGUUGCAGGCCCCUACCUUGUCCGCACCGCGGCACUUCAAGACGAUGGCGCCACACUCACGCUCGUUGGGGACCUCGAGAGCGAGACGCCCCUCACCGUUAUUGCCCCAGCCAACGUUCAGGCCGUGACAUGGAACGGAGAGACCGUCCAAUCCACCCGCACCGCCUGGGGUGCUCUGACCGCCACACUCUCCGGGCCUACUAUGACACCUCAAAUCCCCGACCUCAACACCCUCACCUGGAAGCACGCCGACUCACUCCCCGAGAUUCAAGCCACCUACGACGACAGCCAAUGGACCGCCGCCGACCACACCGAAACCACCAGCACGUUCCCGCAGUACUACGGUGGUCCGUGGAAGCUCGGCGUCGCUUCCGAUUACGGCUUCCACCUGGGCAACAUUCUGUGGCGCGGACAUUUCAAUAACAGCGGGCAGGCGGCGGUGAACCUGUCCAUCUCAGGCGGUUUCAACUUCGCAGCGGCGGGGUGGGUGAACGACGUGUUUUUGGGCGCGACGGAAGGCAAUGGCACGAUCGCGACGACGAACGUUUCGUGGGCGUUCCCGGAAGGUGCACUUAGAGACGGCGACAACGUUAUCACAGUCCUUCAAGACCACAUGGGUUUCUAUCUCGCCGGCGAGGUCGUUUGCUGCACCCCCGGUGGCCGCCAGCGCGACAUACAAUCGCCGCGAGGCAUUGAAGGCUACUAUCUCCUUGGAAGCGACGACGACUCAAGUGUGGAUCAAUUCACGCAUUGGAAGGUGCAAGGUAACUUCGGCGGCGAAGACUACCCCGACAAGACGAGGAGGAUCUUCAAUGAGGGUGGCCUUUAUGGCGAGCGCGUGGGCUUCCACCUCCCUGGAUAUGACGACUCAGAAUGGGAAGCGAGAAGCCCGUGGGAUGGCGUCGGGCAGCCCGGAGUAUCCUGGUUCCGCACCUCCUUCGACCUCAGCAUCCCGGAGGGACACGACCUUCCCUUAUCCUUCGUCUUCCCGAACGUGACCGGUAAUUACAGAGCCCAACUAUACGUCAACGGCUGGCAAAUGGGCAAGCGCGUGGCGAAUAUGGGUCCUCAAACAGCCUUCCCCGUCCAUGAGGGCAUCCUCAACUACCGUGGUUCAAACACUUUGGCCGUAUCGCUCUGGAGCCUUGGUGGCGAGCCCGAAGACCUCCGCAUACCCUCACUUGCUCUGCAGCAGACCGGUAUAUACGAAGGGGGCGUUGGAAGUGUGGACGUGAACAACCCCAAGGGGGAGGAUCGGCAGGCUUGGUAGAUGAUGGAUGAUACCUCUUACACUGUUCUGCCUAUAUCCAGUUAUUGCCGUGUUCCUAAGACUGAAUCAGAAGUAGGUAUUGAAUGAAAUUUUCAUGAAGUUACAUCCACGCAAAGGGCGA